UGCGAUAUGACAGCCGUGAGAUGCAAAGAGCACAAAAACAUAGUGCGCGCGGCACCAUCGCCGCACCGACCGGCUCGUCCGGCGGCAGCAGCACGUGGAUGGGAUAUUUGUGCGCGGCCUCGUCGGAGGCCAGUCGCAACGGGCAACAGCGGCGAGCUUUAUUCCGCGACACGCCACACGCCAGGAACUAUGGCAAGUUGCGAGACAGCGCGGCGCAGCACCGGUUAUUGGGCGUGUGGGGCAUCGAUCUGCAGCCGGGGUUGCAGAAGAAGAAAGAGGGUGACGACUGGGACGGAGCCGGUGAGGAACUGGCCGGAUCGGCGACUGCUCGCAGGUCGCAACAGCAGCAGAGGGUGGGCCAUUCGAGCACUCGGCACUGCCUCUGACUCGGCCUAAGCAAGUUGUUGGCUUGUUGCGAGCAGUCAGCACCCAUCAGUCGCCAGUCCGCAACGGCGUGGUGCUCAGCCACCGCCCCGCUAAGGCACUAAUGCGAUCGAGUGUUGAAGACGAUGAGGAGGAGAGGAUUGGAAAGCCAGGUUUUUUACGUGCACAGUACUACUAUUUGGUAGUAUGCAGCACAGAGCAGAUCCAACCGUCCAUUAGAAGUGCCCCCUCCCCUGCAUCAGGCGCUAUCGUAUCAGCCGUCGCCUGUCCUUGUCAAGGUCACCUGGACCGCUCGCCUGUUCCCUUCGAGGACGCCGCCCGUCCUCGUUGCCGCCGGCCGGAAGAUCGGGGCUAUGGGGGACGCCGGCAACUCAUUCUUGCGGCACCGCGGACCUCGUCUUUUUGCACGUUGCCUCGGGUGCCGCCGGGCCCGUCAGCCUCCUGGUUAUGGGCAUCCUCAGCGCCGCAGUCUAAUUUCCCGUCGUCAUCGUCGCCGCCGACCGGAAGAUGCGCUAUUAGGAGGCGGCUGCCGGAUCAGCGCGCGCUAGGCCCGCGGACCUGCGCGCGGUGCUGCGCUGGGGCCCUUGCAUCGGUCACCCUCCCCUUCCGUCCACCAAGGAUGAAUGCUAAGAGUGCAUUCCCAACAGAGAUGCGUACCAACAUGCAUGUGUGGACUGAACAAAUGAAUCGUUUCCAUGCACUUCGCAACAAGGGCAAUCGAGCUUUAUUCAAAGUUUCGAGGAGCCAACACAAUACGAAGAGGGUAAUGAAGUUAUUAGAUGAUAUUUUAAAGGAAGAUGUGGAGGAUAAUGGAACAGAAGAGGAGACGUCGUUCGAGCCUUUGUCAGCUCACUUCUCAGUGGCCAAUCAAUCUUCUAGCAACAAAGUACUCGAUGCAAUAAACAUUGUUACGAGAGGUGCAUCGCGAUCAAACAAGAGAUGGGAGGAAGCCAUGAAUUCUGGAGUGCUAACUGAAGGCGAUGAGGAGCAGCAGAACUUUAUUUAACGCACAGGCCUUCGCGGCUCCUGCGCGUGCACCGUCCAGCAAUUUGGGAUCGACGCCGCCGUAGCUCCUGCGUGUGCACCGUCCAGUGCGUAGGAUCGACGCCGUCGCCGGUCCUGCGUGUGCACCGUCUAUCAGGGAUCGACGACGCAGCCGCUCCGGAAACUGCAGCACAGUCGCCAUGACGAACAGAUCAGAGCCAUCUACUGCACAACUCAAAGCAACAAAGAUACGCAAGGGACACCUAUUGAUCCGAAAAUACCAGCGCUGUUGAAUCCUAUUGUGGCUGCUAGGAUACAUGAUAUGCGUGGAAAAAUCCCAAAUGACGAUAGGAGGCAUGGUAAAAUCUACCUAGAGAACACAAAGAUGGCAGCAACUUUCCAGUUAAAACAAACAGAGGAAUCAGGAAUAUAUGCACAAGAGACCGCCCAAAUGCGGACAAUAGCACUAAAUUAUGUCAAAAACCACAUGAUUUUCCUACCUAUGUCUGUGCAAAAGCAAAACCACUGGUUCCUGUCCGUAGUCGAUGCAAAAUUAAGGUGUAUACAGGUCCUAAAUUCCCACAAACCACUCGCUGCAAAUAUCUUGCAAGUAGUAAGAAACAUGGUUGCAGGAUUGAAGUGCUAUUUUGAUCACAUUGAUGCAGACGUAAAGAAGGAAUACUCAUGGUGGAUAGAUUUCAAACUAAACAUUUGGGACAUUGACAUGGUUGAAGAAUUACCGCAACAGGACGACCGGACAUCAUCAGGCCUAUUCGUGCUAAAGUACAUGGAGCACUGGAAUGGCAAAAGGCUUGAAAAAGGUUUUACACAAAAUCUUAUUGAUCAAUUCAGAAAGAAGCUUGCAGCUAUACUGGUGAACUCGCCCCUGAAUGAGGAGAACGCCAUUACACGAUCCCCUCUGAGAUUUAGCUGAACAAUUGUUUUAAGACAUUUAUUUUGGUUCUUAGAUUACACUAGGCUUUUCUGUUAAAACAUUUUAAUCCAGUUCGCAUUAUUGUACUACAUUUCAGACGAGCACAAUAGAAAUACUCAAUUUCAGACGAGCACAAUAGCAGUACACUAGUCGUGAGAUCUAAUUGUUUUAAUUAACUGUACUCCUAAACGCAAAUGAGGCCUUUUCAUGCAGAUCAA